CCUCCACCCACCUCCGCUUCACUGCGUGUUUAGGCUGCUCAUCCGUGGGCUGCGUUAUGGAGACGCUUGACUGAUGCUGUUCAUCUCUACAGUGACCUUCACAUUUGUCCGCCCGAGUCUUGUCGACAGACUUUAAUCUCAGCGUGAUCGUCUAAGACGAAGCUAUGUUCCAGUCAUUUACGGGGAACUCCCGCCGUCCACGGCAGGUUAACCUCGGGGGCCGCAAUACGAACCCUUUCGCCGCAUAUCCCUCCGGUCGACAAAACCCUCACGGCGCAGGCCCCCAGAAUACUCUUGCGAUUGCCCAACAGGAACGGCUUGCGAGGCAGCAGGAAAGAGAGCGGUUGACGGCGAGCCGACUCGUCCAACGGACAUGGAGGGGUUAUCGGAGCCGGAAGAUAACGCGCAGGACGUGGCGCACCGAGUGGGAUACCAUAGAGAAGAAGCAGGGCAAAGAUCAUCUCCCCUCCUUUGACAUCCUCGCCCAACAGUCUGAUGUUGUUCUGCAACCUUCCCUCCGAUACGGAACAGCUGCGGACUGCUUAUCGCAGCUUCGUUUGCUGGUCCAGUUUCUGGAACCGUGGGACAGUGGGGAUGUUGCUCGGCUGGUAUACUUCUCCGAGGCGUUCCAGAGGACAUUGCAUGAAGUCCCUUCAAUCGCGACCGAAGGGGAAUGGACCACGCCGCUGAAGAAACUGGCGGGGUUGACUCUCCGUGUCUUGCGGUCUGUGACGUCGCCAACGGUGCCGGUUUUUGCGGUUCAACAUCUCCUUCAGCUACUCGUCUUUCUCACGGGGCUGAUACCAAAGCACAUGGCACGGCUAGCCAAAGAAUACUACUCGGUCAUGGUGAUUCUCACAAAAGACUUUGAAUCAAUAUCUACAAGGUAUAAGCUCUCUAGGGAUAGUCUUACUGAGAGUGUGCUUGCUUUGCUUCGACCCAUUACGUCCGAGACUCUUACGGCCUAUGAAUGGUUUGCGAAAAUAUAUUUAACUAUUCCCAACCUCCCGGAAUACAUUGGAAGUCUGGACGGGUUAGCAAACAAUAUCAAUUAUAAGUUGCUGACCUCCGCCUUGGGGCCGUUACAAACGCUGUUCGGAGACCGACCGAAGAGUGAAGAAGACGUGGAUGCUCGUCUUUGGCUGCUUGCUUACUUUAUCUUCUUCCACCGUUGCGCUCUGGGAGGCCAGACAGGUCGGCCGGCGCCAGAACCGGGUUUUGUGAAGGUGGUAUCAGAGCUGCUGAACUCUACCGCUGUGCACAUAUCUCGGCGCCUGGAGUCGGAGGAUUCUAACGACUACGAUGAGGCUCCCGAGCAAACGCCACUGCACCCAUUGAUCAAGGAGCAGCUAGUUAGCCUUGUGAAUCAAAGUAAUAUCACGGGACUUCUUUCUGAGCUACACACUACGCAUCUCUCUCAAGGGGAGUUGGCAAAUGCUCAAUCGGAUGCAUCUAAAGAAGCCAAGAUUCUCGCAACAUACGCUCUGACGCUACUGAGAGUAUUUCCUCGCCGGGGUGAUGACAUCCGGAUGUGGUUGUAUUUGGGGUCGGCCACUUCGAAUGACCAGCUGACAGGCCAGCAAGGCUCAAGAAUACCCGCGAUCAAAUAUUUCUGGCAAGCAUCCAAGGCUAGCAGAAUCUUCGCUGCCAUUAGUCAAGAUUCGACGAAAGUGUUGCCUCUGCUGAAACCGGCCGAGGAAUCGCAGGGUACUAGGUAUCCGGAAAUCUCCCAAGUGGAAAGGGAUGAAGAAUGGACAAUCAUACUUCUAUUCCUCGAGCUCUAUACUUUCGUUCUGAAAGUGAUGGAUGAUGAGGAGUUCUUUUCCAGCGAGUCGUCUUUCACCGCUUCCUCGAACACAAGAGUUUCCUGGACUAAGGAGAGCGCUCUUCCGCUGAAGGACAUUAAGGAUAUGACGAUAUUUCUCAAGAACCUAGGUUUCACACUGUAUUGGAAUUCAGCAGAUCUGAGUGAAAAAGAGGCAACCCAAGACACCGGGGGCAUUCGAAGCUACUUCAGCUCGUCUGCAGCGCCGCCGGAUGCCAUUGCAAGUGUGAGAGACAUUGAAAUGAAGAACAAAGAGAAAGGGCUUCCCGGUGUUACGGGAAUUCCGCUCGACUACUUCAAGGGUUUGGUCACUGGCCUCUUGCGGAUGAUUCAUGAGCGAGAUUCAAGGCGGAAAUUCCUUCCAGACGGGCACUGGUUGAUGACCAGCCGCUUCGACAUGGAAGGCUUCAUCCCUGCCGUUGUAGCAGAAGAGGAGAAUAGGCACCAGCUGCAGGAUGAGGAUGAGGAGGAAGAACAGGAUGAUUUAAUGAAUGAUGCCUACUUCGAGCCUUCCCCUGGCCUGAUUGGUACUGGCCGCGCUCAACAAACGCGCCGUAUCGAGGCACUGAGACGUCGCCAACAACAGGCCGCUCGCAGGAAGCAGCUGGAGGCUGUGGCCCCGAGGAUGGAGAUUCUCCGCAACAUGCCUUUCUUCAUACCUUUCCCGACGAGAGUCCAGAUCUUCCGCGAGUUCAUUUAUCGGGAUCAAAUGCGCCGAAGACAGGGGUAUAUCGAUCCGGAUGCCUGGCGCAUGUCUGUGGCGCAGGCCUCAAUGGGCCGUCUGAUUGAUGGGCGCCCUGCCGUGCAAGAUAUACUGAGCCGGCACCAUGCCAAUAUCAGGCGUGAGAGCAUUUUCAAGGACGCAUUUGAUGAGUUCUACGAGCUGGGGGAUGGGUUGAAGGAGCCCAUUCAGAUCACGUUCAUUGACAAGUUUAAUACAACCGAAGCUGGUAUUGACGGUGGUGGUGUUACCAAAGAGUUCCUCACGAGCGUGACUAGUGAAGCUUUCAAAUCGACCAGUGAUUUGAAUUUAUUUGAAGAGAACGACCAGCACCUGCUCUAUCCGAACCCUGCUGCAGUCGAGCAGCGGCGAGAGCUUCUACGACAGCUCGGCUUUGUUGAGAACACUGCGGAAUGGAACGAGAACGUCCGUGACCUACUUAGGCGCUAUGAAUUCCUAGGCCGUAUCAUUGGAAAGUGUCUAUAUGAGGGCAUCUUGGUGGAUGUCAACUUUGCCCCGUUCUUCUUGCUGAAGUGGGCUUUGACGGGCGGCACGGGUUCGGCCCAGCGUGAGACAGCCUACCGCGCCAACCUGAAUGAUCUGAAGGAUCUGGACCAGGGACUGUACCAGGGAUUGUUGCAACUGAAGAACUACCCUGGUGAUGUGGAAGACUUCUCGUUGAACUUCACCGUCACUGACACGAUACCGCUUCCCGACGGGGGUAACCGUACGACUACCCGGGACUUGAAAAGCCACGGGUCAGACAUACCUGUUACGAAUCAGAAUCGGUUGGUUUAUAUCUCUUACAUUGCACGCUACCGGCUUCAAGUCCAGCCUGCUCUGCAGACCAACGCUUUCCUUCAGGGUUUGGGACAAAUCAUUCAGCCGUCGUGGCUGUCGAUGUUCAACCAGACGGAGCUGCAGACCCUUGUUAGUGGUGAUUCAGGAGACAUUGAUGUAGCCGACUUGCGACGCAACACGCUUUACGGAGGUGUAUACACGAUCGGGGAUGAUAAAGAAGAGCACCCCACCGUGAAGCUGUUCUGGGAUGUGAUGGAGAAGAUGUCCAACGAAGAAAGACAGAAAGUGCUUCGGUUUGUGACGUCGACCCCCCGGGCUCCUUUAUUAGGUUUCAGCCAUCUCAAUCCUCGUUUCAGCAUUCGAGACUCGAGCGAGGAUCAAGAACGACUCCCCAGUACGAGCACCUGCGUGAAUCUUCUCAAGCUGCCCCGGUAUACCAACGCCAAUACCCUUCGGGAGAAGCUUUUGUAUGCGGUCAAUUCCGGAGCUGGAUUUGAUCUGAGCUGAGGGGAAUGGAGAGUUUGCAUGACACGGAUCGGUCAAUGCAAUUAUGCCUGCAGCGCAUUUAGUGAAUAAUUAUGAGUAGCAUAGCUAGGCGUCCUGGUGAUCCAUGUGUUCUUUUUCUUGUUGUUGUUCUUGUGGUUGUUGAUAACGCGUUUCAUUGUGUGUCUAUUCCAUCGAGGAUGGGUGCUAUUUCUAGCUCGAGUCCUAGUAUCUACUACACUUGCUUUCGUCUCGGGGCUUUGUUCAUAUGGCGAGGGGUAGCUUCGACCAACCAGAUAGAUAGCUUUCAUCAUUAUUUAUUCGAAAAUGGUUCGCUUUGUUAAAGAUCCUUUGUUGAUCAAAGGCCCGGCCUCUGCACGAACACUGUGGCUGCCGUUCCAAGCUCCCGUACCAAUAAAACCAUGAAUGGAUGGUGAAUGAAUG